CUACAUUUCCCGAGAGCACGACCUUGUUUUCAUGACGUAAUCACGCAUGGCCGUGCUGCCCUGCGCUGCAUCACAACCUCCUGCCAACGGAUCGGAGUCAAGCGGUUACAACGAUGUGUCAUCGGUUGUUCAAACACGGCGUCUAGACGACACACUUCUCCUCUUGAUAAUGGCGGACGUAGAUACGGUGGUCCUGCAGCAGAAUCUGGACAGGAGUUGCUGGGUAUGCUUCGCAACAGACGAAGAUGACCGCACAGCCGAGUGGGUGCGUCCGUGCCGUUGCCGGGGUUCCACCAAGUGGGUCCACCAGGCCUGCUUACAGCGAUGGGUGGAUGAGAAGCAGCGCGGCAAUAGCACAGCACGCGUGGCCUGUCCGCAGUGUAACGCAGAGUACCUGAUAGUGUUUCCCAAAGUGGGGCCCGUGGUCUACGUACUGGACCUGGCCGAUCGAGUCAUCUCCAAGGCCGGUCCCUUCGCUGCAGCCGGCAUCAUGGUGGGAUCCAUAUACUGGACCGCAGUCACGUAUGGCGCCGUCACCGUCAUGCAGGUGGUGGGCCACAAGGAGGGUCUGGAUGUCAUGGAGCGGGCCGAUCCUCUCUUCCUUCUCAUCGGCCUGCCCACCAUCCCUGUCAUGUUGAUCCUCGGCAAGAUGAUCCGCUGGGAGGAUUACGUCCUGCGUUUAUGGAGGAAAUACUCCAACAAACUGCAGAUCCUCAACAGCAUCUUUCCCGGAAUCGGCUGCCCGGUCCCUCGGAUCCCGGCCGAGGCGAGUCCCUUGGCCGAUCACGUCUCGGCCACCCGCAUCCUGUGCGGCGCGCUGGUGUUCCCCACCAUUGCCACCAUUGUGGGCAAGCUGAUGUUCAGCAGCGUCAACUCCAACCUACAGCGGACCAUCCUGGGAGGAAUCGCCUUUGUUGCCAUCAAGGGGUCGUUCAAAGUGUACUUCAAACAGCAGCAGUACAUGCGGCAAGCACAUCGCAAGAUCCUCAAUUUCCCUGAGCAGGAGGAAGCUUGAGGACCCGGGCAGAUCAAGGUCGGGUGAGGUUUGUGGGACAUUAGUCCGUCUCACCCCACAACAUAUGAUCUUCACACCUCAAUGACAAGAUACCGCCAGAAUCCUGCCAACAUUUAUUUUUAAACCUCUGAUGCUUCUGCCUGCUGAAAAUAGACAAUAUUCACAAACAUGCACACCAGAGAAUGUGCGCACUCAUAUGGCAGUGAUUUUUUUUUUUUUUUUUUUAAAUAAUAAAUAAAUUGUUGUUUUAUAACAGUUCCUGGAAAAGUCCGCUUUGCCAGUUUUUGGUUGCUUCUGUUGCAAGUUAUUGGAUUAUAUGAAAGAUAAAAUGUUAAUAACUUCCUUUCUGCUUUUCUUCCUCAAACUGCUCCCAAAAGAACAAUGUGAACAAACGUUUAGUGUUUUAAGGCAUUGGUUGCCUUCACUUUGAUUGUCUAACAGUCACAUCUUAUAAAAUUAAGGUUUUUUUUACUUGGACAGAGGCCAACAUGGACAUGCUGGUCUCAUGGGAACACACGAUACGACGGAAAACAUUUUUGUUUUGUUUUAUCAGAUCACUCCCUCACCUGUGAAUUUUGUCAUCUCAAGGACCUGAAAAAUUAAAAUGGCUCCCUUAUUUCCCUCCAACCAAUGCCACUGACUCAAAUAUCCCAACAGCAACAAUGAAGAAUGUGAAUCGGGUCAGCUAUAAAUCUGAAUUUUAUCACGGGUAGGUUCAACUGCUUGAUUUUUCCAAAUGUGCCCACGACGCUGGAGCUGUGAUCACUAAAGCUGUAAGUUGCUGUUUUCCCUUUUGAGGAGACUGCCAGAAAUGUGACUCCAUUGUGGAAAGACACUAUUUGGGAAUAUUUAACCUGCACGUGUAAACUUGGUGAGCUUUUCCUGCACCCUCACUGUGUCUCACUCAGUUCCAUCCUUUGGUAUCUGUUCUGUGAAUAAAUGUAUUUUUCCAAAUACAAAUGCUAA